AUGAAGAUGAAUUUUGAAUAUCGCGUGAAGAAGUCGACAAAAAGUUUGUACACUGUCGGAUGCAUUGAGGAUGGGUGCAAAUGGAGCCUACGUUCAAGGAAAAUUAAAGGUUCAGAUACUUUUCUUAUCUCUACAUUCUAUGAAGUUCACAGUUGCACUCGUGAGGUAAUGAAACAUGACCACCAGCAAGCUCGAAGUCGUGUAGUGGGUCAGAUUAUAAAGUCCACAUUUAAGGAUGUAAGUCGACGUUAUAAACCGAAGGAUAUUGUUAAUGACAUGCGGAAAAAUUAUGCUGUUAACAUCCGAUAUGGAAAGGCGUGGCGUGUGAGAGAGAGGGCUUUGGAACUACUAAUGGGAUCGCCGAAGAAGUCGUACACUCUUUUGCGUAAAUACGGUGAGGCGUUGAAAUCGGUGAACCCGGACACGGUAUUUUCAUUGAAGUUGGAGGACGAUAAAUAUUUCCAAUAUGCAUUCAUGGCCCUAGGCUGCUCUAUCCGGGGGUUUAGAAGUUGCAUUCGCGCCAUACUUGUCAUCGACGGUGCACAUCUGAAGGGAAAAUAUAAAGGUGUGAUAUUGAUAGCCUCCUCUGUUGAUGGUAAUAAUCAGAUAUAUCCAACCAAUCCUUAA